CCUCCUCUCCUCCUCAUGGCCGGCGCCUUUUCCCUUCACCACAUUUAACGCCACCACCUCCCUCGAAACGGCAACUGCGUGACCUUCUGCCCUCCUCUCCUCUCUGCUCUGCCCCUCCACCACCACCUCCCUCCUCCCCCAGAGCUCACCAGACGCCACUAGCUCCGCCGGCAGAAGCGAGGCGCGGGGCCGCGCGCGCGAUGGGCAACUGCCAGGCGGCCGAGGCGGCGGAGGUCAUCAUCCAGCACCCCGGCGGCAAGGUGGAGCGCCUCUACUGGCCCACCCCGGCCGCCGAGGUCAUGAAGACCAACCCCGGCCACUACGUCGCGCUCGUCAUCCUCCGCCUCUCCCCCGACGACAAGGCGGCCGCGGGGGACGAGGCCGCGGCGGCGGCCGCCGUCGCAGGCGCCGGCGCCGCAGCGAAGAUCACCCGGGUCAAGCUCCUCAAGCCCAAGGACGUGCUCCACCUCGGCCAGGUCUACCGCCUCAUCACCGCGCAAGAGGUGACCAAGGCGCUGCGGGCGAGGAAGGACGACAAGAUGCGGCGGUGCGAGGCCAUCAAGCAGCAGCACGACCAGCUCCGGCGCGGCGACGGGGCGGAGCAGGGCGCCUCGGACAAGGACGCGAACGCGAACGCGAAGCAGCGGGUGGAGAAGGACCGGCACCGGGGCUCCGGCGGCGCGCAGCCGGCCGGUGGCGGCAGAGGCCGGCACUGGCGGCCGUCCCUGCAGAGCAUCUCCGAAGCCGCGGCGGGGCAGAGCAGCAGUAGCAUCUCUGAAUCCACUGCGAGCUAAUCGCCGGAUUAACAAUCCGCUUUUCUUCUCCUUUCUUUUGUUUUUCUUAGUAGUAUAAAAGUGCUUGGAGUUGGGACCUACCAGACCAGAAGAAAAAACCUGUAAAAAUCAGAGUACCAGAGCAGCAGCAGCAGCAAUAGGAACGAAGCUUGUUUCAUCUCUCGUGUACUGUAGUAAUUAUUGCCGUGGUGAAACUGUGAGUGCUUUCGA